CYAGCCGGGAGGGGUUCGUGAGGGGCGUACGGGUCUGUGAGGCCGUGAGCGCUGAGGCGGCCUGAGGCAAUGUGGGGUGAGAGGUGCUCGGGGCUGAUGCUUGUGGAGUCCUUUGGGGACUGAAGCGGUCUCAGGGCCUGUGAGGUUGGCAGGUCUGAGGGUUGUUGGACCCGUGAGGAACUGAGGCGGCCUCAGGGGCUGUGAGGAUUAAAGGAGAGGCAGUCGGGAUUAAAGUAGAGAGUGUCAUGUCCCAGGAUUGCAGCCAUGAGUGGGAGCUGUGCAAGGAGAAUGUGCAGCCCCUCAGGCAGGGGCGGGUGAUGUCCAGCUUGCAGGAGGCACUGGCUCAGCAGGACUCCUCCAGCCACACUGCUGUGCAGCUGAAAAAACAGGAGUUUGAAGCAGAAAUACGAUUUUACUCUGGAGAUGAUCCUCUGGAUGUGUGGGACCGGUAUAUCAAGUGGACAGAGCAGACCUUUCCUCAGGGUGGCAAGGAUGGCAACCUCACAGUAGUUCUGGAAAGGGCAGUGAGAGCCCUCCAUGGGCAGCAGCGAUACUACAAAGAUCCUCGCUAUCUUAAUCUCUGGCUCAAGUUUGGCGAUUGCUGCAAGGAGCCCUUGGAUGUGUACAGUUACCUGCGCAGCCAGGAGAUCGGCACCACGCUGGCCSUGCUCUACAUCACCUGGGCAGAGGCGCUUGAGGCCAGGGGAAGCUUCAAGAAAGCAGAUUUGAUAUUCCAGGAAGGGCUCCAGUGCAAGGCUGAGCCUUUGGACAAACUCCAGGCUCAUCACAAGCAGUUUCAGGCCCGUGUUUCUCGGCAGGCACUACUGGCACUUGAGGAAAGUCCUGAUGGAGAUAAUACAGGUCUGCUGGAAAUUGCAGAGCCUCAAAGAAGUUCGCUGGCAGAUCUCAAAGGCAGAGGGAAGAAAACUGUGAGAGCCCCCAUUAGUCGUGUGGGAGAUGCAGUUAAAGGCAUGAACUCAAACAGAAUCUGCCAGCCUCAGGCUUCUCUGCAGCUUCCAAAUACUCCAAGUUUUGUUGUGUUUGAUGAAAAUUCUGUGUCUGGACCUGAGAUUCCAACACUUACAGCACAGUCGUGGCCAGCACCUCCAGUUCCCAGGGCCAAGGAGAAUGAACUCAGCGCAGGACCUUGGAACUCUGGCAGGCGUCCUCGCAGCAUGGUGAAUUCUGGCAUGGAAGUGCCCCCGCCACUGCCCAGUUUCACCCCCUAUGUGGAUGAGUCAGCUCAGCCACAAAUGAUGACUCCCUGCAAAAUUGAGCCCAGCAUAAACCAUGUGUUAAGUACUCGCAAACAUAAGGAGCAGGAGGACCCGCUCCAGCGAGUGCAGGAUCAGCAGCAGGAUGAUCAGGAAAAGACAGAGAUGGUGAUGUACUGCAAAGAGAAGGUUUAUGCUGGAGUUGACGAAUUCUCUUUUGAAGAGAUCCGAGCUGAAAUCUACAGGAAGAAAGCAAGAAAGAAAGACGAAGAUGAAAUCCAAGCCAUAGAACGGGAGAAAGAAGAAAUACAAAGAAAAAUUGAGGAGCUGGAAAAGAAAUUAAGGAAGAAAGAAGCUGACAAGCAGAAACAACAUCAUGAACAGGAUCAGCUGAAUGGAAGUGAACGUUUGACUGAGGAUGCAAUUGUGACAGGCUCCUACAAAAACAGCAGCCUUUGUGCCAACCCAGAAGACACGUGUGACUUUAACAGGGCUGCCCAUCUGGCCUCAACGCCCUUUCACGGGGUGGUAGCUCAGAGAGUCCCAGCUCCUGCUUUCUCACAGAGUGAACAGGAGGAAACCAGUCCAGARUUCAAGAGUGCACCUCUGRAUCARGAGACACUGGUGUGUGAAGMAGCAUACACUGAAGCUCUCCAUGUAAAAAAACUGAGCCCGAUCAUGGAAACAAGCCUGGAAGAUACUCGCUCGUCAGGUUCUUCAGUCUCAGGAGGUUCUCUGUCCUCUGUUACACAAAUGUCCACUAAUAAAUGCCUCCAGAUCACUGAGAAACUGGAGCUGUCUCAGAGCUUGCUUACUGAAGUGGUUACUCAUUCUCAAGGUGGAAAUGUUACUGGGGAUGAUGUGGCUCCCUUCCUGUCUAGUGCUGAACAGCGUAAAAACCUUUCCAGUUCUGUGCUAGCAUCACUGAUUGCUUCUCCAGAUACUCACUCAGARACUGGAACUCUGCCUCACCUGGAGGUUGGGAAAGACGUUGAGCUGGGAAAUGAGACUUACUGCAUCAAAAUGGAAUAUUGUAGCAAUGAAGAAUACAAGAUGUUUUUUGCCAUUCCAGCUGAAUGCACUCUCCUGUGGGAUGCAAAGGGAUUUGCAGUAAAGGUUUAUUCUCAGCCUGUACCUUGGGAUUUUUAUUUCACCCGUGAGUUACAGAAGCGUUUGAAUUCUGACUUUGACCAGAGCUUCAGUGAGAAUUGCAGCUGUUACCUGUACCAGGAUGGCUGUGCCAUUGUACACAGUGAUAUAAACUGCUUCACACUCAGGGAUAUUCUCUGUGAGCGUAAGUUCAUCACAAAGGAGCUCAUCUUCGUGAUUGUUCAUGAUCUUCUGCAUGUGGUGGAGAAGCUGCACAAAGCAGAGAUUGUCCAUGGAUAUCUGAGGCCAGAGGUGUUGCUUCUGGGAGACAGGAUCUGUGAUGCAUUUUCUAACAAGGAGGUGUCAAAUGCUCUGAAGAUGGUGGAUUUCUCUCACAGUCUGGAUUUGAGGGCACUGCCUCAAGUCAGCUUGCCCUACAGSUUUCCCACAGCUGACACCCCUCAUGGACAGCAGCUUCUGGCAGAAGGCUUUUUUCCUUAUCAGGUAGACUUGGUUGGCAUUGCAGAUGUAGUSCAUUUGAUGUUGUUCGGGGAUCAUAUCCAGGUCUAUCAGGAGAAUUCCAUCUGGAAAAUCAGACAAAACUUACCAAAGACCCCUGGCAGUGAUUUCUGGAGUAAACUUUUUGAGAAGAUUCUGAAUGCAGAUGGUAAGUCCACAGUACCUCUGCUGAAGGAGUUGAGAGAGGAAAUCAGUGAAAUGUUUGACAGCUCUUUCCAAGAAAGACUUUUGUUGACCUUAGCUGCUGUGGGAGAAACAUUCCUCGUGGUGAACUUCCAGUGACUUCAUAGAAGACAAACAUGUUCGGUAUUAUAGAGAAGAAUUUGUUGUUGGGUUUUUAUGUUUUCAAAUGUGAGAGUGAUUGGACCCAUUUCUGCAAUACUUCAUAUGGGACUUGCUCAAGAAUGUUCCUAUUGCAAUACUGCAUAGAAAACCUUCUAAGCCUCUCCAGGAACCUUUUUGUGUCUGAGCAGUUCAUGAGAGAAAAUCGUUCUUAACUGCUGCCUCCCCUUCUUAAGGCUCCUUAAAAAUUUACCACCUAACUCGCACCGCACACUUUGAAAUGUCUUUGUCUGCAUUCAGUUGGUCUUUUAAUUAAUUCAAUAAAGUUGUAUUUUGGUAACAAGUGUCAUAUUAAACAUUGCUGU